GUACAAAAACCCUAUCAACCACAACGCCAGAUAAAUGGAUGAAGAAGGUAUCGUUUUGGUGCUUGCUCGAGCGUCGGAGCUUCGGUCCAAGAUCACCAAUUGCAUUCACAAUGCAUCAUCCAUUACUACUAAUGAUCAUGCCACAAAUCAGGAGGAAGGAGCAGAUGAUAAAGAAGAAGCGGAAGAAGAAACCGAGAGCCUUUUGAACAUUCGCGAUUCCCUCGAGGCUCUCGAGGCUCAACUUUCUUCUCUGCAGGCAUUACAACAGCAGCAAUGGUAUGAAAAGGAAGCAUCCCUUGCCGAGAUUGAUUGUAGUCGCAAAAAGUUGUUACAGAAGCUAAAGGCGUACAAAGGUGAGGAUUUGGAUGUCAUACAUGAAGCUACCGCUUUUGCUAGCUCAACAGUAGAGAAGGAAAACAGCGAUCUUCUUCUUCCUCCUUAUCCAAGUCGCCCUUCUUCCUCCCUUGCCUCUGACAAUGGUUACUUAUCACAUUUCUCUUUAACACCCAAAAUCCCUCAAAGUGAGGGCACAAUUGACCUUCCAGCAGGUGAAGCAAAGGGUACUCUCCACCAAUCAGAGCGCAGAAGCUCAUCAAAAGGAUUGAGACAAAUUAUUGGUGCAGCUGCAAAGAUGGCAUUUACCCUUGUUGGUUUUAUAGCUGUUCUGCAGUUGUCUGGUUUUGAACCCAGACUGAGUAGAAGAGGGGGCGAAUCAAAGGUUUUUGGCAUGUCUAGAGAACAAGGGAAUGACGAAAAUACAGAAAUGAUGGUUGAGUGUCCACCUGGCAAGGUUUUGGUUGUUGAAAAUGGUGAAACUCGAUGCCUUGUGAAAGAAAGAGUGGAACUUCCAUUCAAAUCUGUUGUUACAAUACCUGACGUAAAUUAUGGGUAUGGGUAAAUUAUGCCAGAAAUUUUGGAAAUACAACUUUUUACAGAGGAUUAAGAAGCUCUGCUUAUGACUCAUGGAAUGUUGCGAAGAAAGAGUGCUGGUGGAGGUUAGAUUAUUCCCAAGGUAAUCUUCUCUAAAAAUGCACACACACACACACACAAACAUUGAUCGCAUGUGCAAAGUUUGUGCCACCCAAAUGAACUUAUGUGAUGAUGGGUCAAUUUGCUCAUUGUCGAUUAGGGAGUUGGAAAUUCGGAGGUUUGAUAUGCAUAGUUCUUUUUG